AUGGCCUCUCCACCCUCAUCGGGCGCUUCGACCGUGGCUUCGACUCCCAGCAUCACGGUGACGCCGGACGAAAGUGACGAGUCGCACCCAGUCGAUCUGGAACUGCCCGCGGCUUUCCUGGAUAGGACCCGAUCGCUCACGUUCGACUUGCCACACGGAGAAGACACAAAGGUAUACGCGAGCGUGCGCCCAGCACCGGAGAGAUCUUGUGAUUCCGACGCGACUCUCCACGGGGCCGAGGCGCCUGCCUCACACCGAGAUUCGGUUUCCGCGAUGGACGAGGAGGUGACUCCCAAAGCGCUGCCGCAAGACCAACAAGACCCACAGCGGAAAAAGCCCGAGAUCAAGCGCUCGCCGUCGAAUUCGUUCAGGAUUCUGUCGGAUCUCGGCAAGAAUCUCUCCAGCAGCAAUCUCUUCCACCGCAAGACGGGCCAGACUGGCGGCGCGAAGAAGGCUACGCCGGAGCAGAGCGGCGCAGCGACACCGCGGACGCCCGAGAUCCGCGAACUCUUCGCGUCGACCCGGACGCCCGACCUCUGGGCCGUCAACCGCGCCUUGGUGUCGCUCGGGGAAGAGGGAAAAGCAGAAGACGAAGCCUGGCGCAUCAAACUCACCAGCCUGCAGACGGAACUGGAAGCCCGAAGGCUGGACAGCCGACGCCUGCUCACGCAGGCCAUGAAGCAGCGCGAUCAGGGCAACCACGAAGUCUGCCGCGCCCUCUGCCUCAACCUCGUCCAGGGCGAAUUCUCCGCCGAAGUCGACACCAAAGUCUACGCGUACAACAUCCUCUCCACCCAGGCUUCCCCCGGCCAGGCCCUCUCUUUCCUCCAGGACGCCUAUCACCUCGUCCGGGAGCAUGAGCAUCCACGUCCCGAUGCGAAGAAAUUGCUCGGCAUCAUUGCGGUUCUCAAGGAAGGCGCCGUCGCGAGGGAGGGCAAUAAGAAGAUGUUCAAGGGGAAUGGGGAGAGGGAUUGGGAGUUUGAAGCUUUUGGUCUGCCCGAGUUGGAGACUGCUGCUGCUACGGUUCCGAAGGCUGCUGCUGCUCCGGUUACGCCGAAGCAGUUGUUGAAGGUUCCGGUGCAGGAGUUGCCCAAGGCGUUGGGAGGUGGCGCGAUGACUCCUAGGACGGAGAAGAUUUUCAAGUGGGCUGCUGUGCGGGAGAAGGAGGCUGUGGUGAGGGAGGCUGCUAAAGUCGAACUGGACCAGCAGCAGCAGAGAUAG